CCUUACUUUUCUUCCUAGAGGGCCACAAGCUAAAACCAAAAUGCGAAGGCACCGGUGCCACCAGGCGGUCCGAUCCGAGUCCGAGACGGAGAGCGAGACCGACACCGAGACCAUGCGGUGCAUAUCGUGCAAGGAAGAGUACGGAGCACGUGACGCCGGCACGUGCAAGGAGUGCUACGAGGAGGCCAGCGAGACCGAGGAAGAGCUCAAGCGAGAGAUCGAAGAUCUCAAAGCCAAAGUCACCUUUUUACGCUUUUGGUCUCCGCUCGAUCAUGCCCACCGUGGCUCCACCUCGCCUGGUCCCUUCUUCCCCGACGUCGUCUUGGUCGCUUCCGGUGAUGGAUCCCCGGGCUUGCCCCCUGUGCCUGUACCCGCCCAUAAAGCCGUUUUGGCGAGUCGUUCACCAGUGUUCAAAGCAAUGCUUGAGAAUGAGAUGGAAGAAAGCAGGAGCGGAACCAUCAAGAUCGCUGACGUAUCGUAUGAUGCUCUCCGUGCGUUUGUAAACUAUUUGUACACAGCGGAAGCAUGGCUGGAUGAGCAAAUGGCUUGUGACCUUCUGGUCUUGGCUGAAAAAUACCAGGUGAAGCAUCUCAAGGGGUAUUGCGAGAAGUUCCUGGUAUCCAAAUUGAACUGGGAUAAUUCACUUAUGAGCUAUGCCUUUGCUCACCAGCACAACGCCAAGCUCGUGCUUGAUGCAGCUUUGUGUUUGAUAACAGACAACAUGGAUAAGCUUACGAAAAGGGAAGAGUAUAUGGAACUCGUGGAAAAGGAUCCCCGACUUGUUGUGGAGAUUUAUGAAGCUUAUCUCUCCAAACAGGUCAAUACUGCUGCUCAUAAGGAUAGUUCAAUGAAAUCAUAGUCAACUCUGAUCAAGGAUUGUUUGUUCAUCAUUUGAAUAAUGAGGUUUCAGUCAUUGUUGGUGGAUGAACUUUUACUAUAUAAAAGAAGAAAAAGUUUGAUGAUCCUCCUUUGCUGGGAGAAAUCUGUAUUCCAAUGGAACCAUACAUACUAUUCAGCAUUGUCCUUUCUUAUCACAAAAAUGUUUUGGCAAAACUGUGGUGAGUUCUGCAUGAUUUGGGAUCAUUUUCCAGAUGACAAUAAUGAACUGGGUUUUAGUCUUUCAUAAGCUUAACAGUGUGGCCUCUAUUGCAUUUACAAGGAUUUUAUGUCUUUGCUUUUAGGUAGCAUUUGUUGUGCUUCCACAUUCUUUGCAAUGUAUAUAAUUAGAUUACAUUGUAGUUUUUUGUAGCUUUUGUUUCAAUACGUGAUGUAAUAAGAUUGCAAUGUAAUUACAUUAUUAAUCAGAAAAGGUAUAAGGAUGUGAUUGUAUUGAAAAAUCAAUGUAAUCUCGUUACUAACUA